UUGCAGCGGUGAUGCGCCUGCUCCUCAAGUGCCUGCGGCUGGGCCGGCGGCGGCGGUUUAAGCUGGUGCGGCAGGCAGAGCAGCUGUGGCACUACGGGCAGCUCUGCCUCCGCUCCCUGCUCUACAACUCCUUCACCAACGGCGAUGUGGUGCUUGACUCCCUCUUUGAGCCCGUCUACUGGCUGGUGGACCACGUCACCCGGUGGUUCGGUGUGGUGUUUGUGGCACUGGUGAUCGGGCUGACGAGCUCCAUUGUGGCCAUUGUGUACAUCUGCCUGCUGCCCCUCAUCCUCCAGACCUACACGCCUGCCUGGAUCUGCUGGCACCUCGCCUAUGGACACUGGAACCUCAUCAUGAUCGUCUUCCACUACUACAUGGCCAUCACCACCUCGCCUGGGCACCCACCACAGGCCAAGGACAAUCUUACUGGCGUCUCCAUCUGCAGGAAAUGCAUUGCCCCCAAGCCGGCUCGCACCCACCACUGCAGCAUCUGCAACAGGUGCGUGCUGAAGAUGGACCACCACUGCCCCUGGCUAAACAACUGCGUGGGACAUUACAACCACCGCUACUUCUUCUCCUUCUGCCUGUUCAUGACCAUGGGCUGCAUUUACUGCAGCAUCAGCGGCUGGGAGAUGUUCCGGGAUGCCUACGCAGCCAUUGAGAGAAUGAAACUGCUUGAGAAGGAGAGACUGCAGGUGGCUGCCAACCAGACAUACUACCAGACCCCGCCACCCACCUUCUCCUUCCGCCAGCGAGCUUUCCACAAGAGCGUGGUCUACCUCUGGGUCCUGUGCAGCUCGGUUGCAUUGGCCCUGGGUGCCCUCACGCUGUGGCAUGCCACCCUCAUCACCCGUGGGGAAACCAGCAUCGAGCGGCACAUCAACAAGAAGGAGAGGCAGAGACUGCAGAAGAAAGGCAAGGUCUUCAGGAACCCCUACAGUUAUGGCAGCUGGGAUAACUGGAAAGUGUUCCUGGGCGUGGAUGUGCCAAGGCACUGGCUCACCCGUGUCCUGCUGCCCUCUCCUCACCUGCCCCACGGGACGGGCCUGAGCUGGGACCUGCCUCCCUGCGUGACCAAGCAGCGCACGCCGCUCCUGGCCAUCUGAGGCCCGGGUGCUGCAGACGUCCCUCCCUGCAGGCAGGGGAGCGCACAGAGGACUCAGUCCACCACCGUGGCUCCCUUUGGCCGAAGUGCCUGGCAGAAGGCAGGUGCUGGCACACACCACUGACCAGAGUCAGGGUCACAGGCAACUCUUUUGGACAGUGUCAGUGCCUGGAUGCCUGCUCUUGUGGCUCCUUGGUGGCUGCAGGCAGCCCCAGGGGAAAUGUGGCAGAGCUACUGCUCCCCACUCCAGCUGAAGGUGCUAGCACAGGUGCAGCCCAGCUUGCUCUUCAGCAGGGCUGGGUGCAGAGGGUGGCAUGCCUGCCCCCCAGGCACUCCCCAGGGAGCCUUUUUAAGACCAUCCAAUAAAUACU